AUGAUUUAAUUAUAAGAAUUUCUUUUUGGAAAAAACAUAGAAUCAGCUAUAGUAAAUAAUGAAGAUGAAAUAAACUUCUUAGCCUAAUAUGUUGUUUAAAAAAUCAUUGAACUUAAAGUUCAAGAUCUAAAUUCUUUAAAUAAUUAGUAAGCAUUUGCUUAUAAAUUUGGUUCUGUGUAUAUUGAUACAUGUAAUGAUAUAGAGUUCCAAUUCAAAAAUAAAUCAAAGCAUAAUUACCUUAUGUACAAAUAAAGAAUUGAAAUUGUUAUUGCUAAAAAAUUAAGAAAAAUAGCAAAAAAAAAUUAAUACUCAAUGUAUUAAUAACUUCUAUCACCUUUAAAAUAAAAAUAUCAAAAAAUUGAUAUAACUUUGUCAAAAAAGAAGAAUAUUAUUUUAUUAAAUGAAGAAUAUUAAGAAACUUAUGCGAAAUUUAUAUAAAAUAUUUACUAACUUUAACCAAAAAGUAUGAAUUGGGUUUUGAUUAAAUUUGAAGAAUAAUUGAAGAAAAAAUUGAUUUAUUAAACAAUUGAAAUAUAAAAAGCAAUUACCCAAAAAAAAUAUUACAAACCAAUUGUUAAAUAUUAUGUUGAAACUUUUUUAAUUAAUUAAAAGUUUUAGAUGUUGAAUAAAAAUUAUGUAGUAUAACUUAUUUAAUUUGCAUACAAAUUGAAUAAAUCGAAAUUUUAAGAUGUUCAAUUAGGUUUUUAAAAAUUCAUUAUAGAGUUAUCUAGUAUUUAGUAUCUUUAAUUAAAUUAAGAUGACAUUAAUUAGAUAUUUAAUUAAAAAGACAAGUAUUUUUUCGAAAAUUUCUCAGCAAAACAAACGAUGGAAUUAAUUAUUGAACUCUUCCUUUUAUUAUCAGGUUUUAAAUAUAACAAUUAAUCAUUGGAUAUUGAAAAAUAUUAACCAUCAAGCCAUGCUUUUUUAUUGAAAUUUUGUUAAGAAAUCAACGAUGGGAAAUGGGAAUUCACUAAUUGUUGUAUCUUAAAGCUGGCUGAUAAGGUUCUGGGAAAAAUUCAUUACUAAAUAGUGUAAUAGUUAAAUGAAAAAUCAACAAAUAUUGUAGUUCUUAAGAUUUAAAAUAAAUAACAGUAAUUUGAACUUUUUCGUAAGAAUCCACAAGCUUUAGCUAAUUUUAAAUCCUAAAAUUAGGCUUACUAUUUUUCCUCUUUAUAUCAAAAUAAUGAUAAGUAACAGAAAAUUGAUGUUAUUCUUAACGAUAAGUUUUCUUAAUUUAUGAAUAAUAUCGUAUAAUAGAAACCAUAAGAUUUAAAAUAAUAUGCGAAACCAGAAAUGUUCUAUUUAUAAUCUCUAAGCGAAGGUAAGCUGAGAUCUAAUGUGAUAACUAUAUUUGUUAAUGGAUUUAUAACAUAAAGUGACCAGAAAGUUGCUUCACUUUGGCCAUUUAAUAAAGAUUCUUACCUUGAAACAUUAGUUCUUGGAUGGACUGCAUCAUCUGUUAGUUCUCUAGCAAAAUAUGCUGGAAUAGCUGCCAUGUUUAGUACCACAGUAGUUGGAAUAGCAAUAUAGCCGAUUUUUUUGGCUGUGACUUGCGUAACUAUAAAAUAAUUUUAUGAUGCUUAUAAAGAAGCAAAAAUAGUUGGAAAAUAUUUAGCUUAUUUUCUUAAUUAAAAUUAUUUAGGAACUAAAUCCAUAAAUCUAGUUGGUUUUUCUUUGGGAACUGUUAUUGUAUAUUAUUGUUUAAAAUAAUUAAUUAAAUUGCAAAAGCAAGAAAAAUAUUAAAUAAUACAUAACGUAUUAAUGAUGGGAGGAGUUGCAGAUAAGGAUUUAUUAUCAAAAUUGGAUUACAGAUGUAUUUCUGGGACCUUUCAUAAUGUUUAUAGUGAAUAAGAUGGCGUAUUAGGUUAUGCGCUUCCUUUGUAUAAUAAUGCCAUUAAUCCUUGUGGUAAAUAUCAAAUCGAUAUUAAUUUAGGACUUAAUUCAGUUGAAAGUAUGUAUCCUAAUGUGAAAAACCACAAUUUUACUCAAAAAGUGUCAGGCCAUCGAAAAUAUGAAGGAGAAAUUAUUUAAGAAAUAUUAAAAUUGACUAAUUUUGAUGAUUAAUAUUUAAUAUUUUGA